ACGGUACGGCGAACCUUGGUCUCCGCUUCCUUGCCGUUGUUUCACUGUUGACAUCUCCGCCGCCUUUCUCACAUUGCUUGCAGGGCGCCGCAUCAGACUCCUUCCAAGUCAGCGGUGAGAUCAGCGGGCUGCCGUCCCGCGGCGGUUGAAUGAAGCAAGCAGGGAGCGAGCGAGUACGGGUCCGGUAUGGCAGUCGGCAGCCGCGGUGGACCUCUGUGGUGCGGCUGCAGCGGCUGGGCCCAAGGGCGGGCUUCCACGGCGGGCGUGGAUCUGAGCAUUUGGGUACAGCGGGUGAGGGGACGGCCCGCUGCAGCUGCAGGGGAUCCUCCAUGGCUGCCAGGAAAUUUUCAGUUCCAACAACUUCAAUUGUUCCCGUCUCUGAUAUGGGGAAAAAUGGAUCCAUAUUGGAGCUAGAUUCACCAUCUAAAUUCUGUGGUCAGAAAAUUUAAGAUGAGGUCUUCCCAUGAGAGCUGAGCAUCGGUUCCUUCUUCCAGAUCCACUCCAUGCCGAUGUGUGUUACAAAAUAUGAGAAACAUGCUUCAACAUAAAUUAUAUUGCCGCAUCAGUUCCUAAAGAGGUCAAGUCGGUGUGUCCAGCAUAUAAGCCGAAGCUAACUUGUAUACUCAGUCUUUGCUACUUCACUUUCAUAAGAUGGACCUUCGGGAGAGUACAGUGGCAGAAAUGAUCCAAAGAGAUGACAGGUCAAAGUGGUUGUCAUGUAGCAAUCAUAACAUAAAAUGCUUCACAGAGGGUGAGAUAAAAAGAAUUACCAGCAACUACGAAACUAUCAUUGGAAAAGGCGGCUUCGGAGAAGUUUACAAAGGUGUUCUGCAAGAUGGAAGAACAGUUGCAGUCAAGAGAUUUAUGAGUAAUAUAGAAGAAAAUUUUGCAAAAGAGCUGAAAGUCCACUGUGAAAUCAACCACAAGAAUGUAGUUAGGCUCAUAGGCUACUGUGCCAAGGAAAAUGCCCUAAUGAUAGUCAGUGAGUAUAUAUCUAAAGGGAACCUCAGCAAUGUUCUUCACCAUGAACGCAUUCCCAUCACGUUGGAUACACGACUGCGUAUCGCGGUGGAGUGUUCAGAGGCAUUGUGCUACAUGCAUUCACAAAUGUAUACUCAGGUGAUCCAUGGUGAUAUCAAGCCUGCCAAUAUACUAUUAGAUGACAACUUCAAUGCAAAAAUAUCUGACUUUGGAAUAUCAAGACUUGUCAACACAGACUCGACCCUUUUCACUGAUCAUGUAAUGGGGAGCAUAGGUUACAUGGACCCUUUGUUUGCUCGCAGCGGGCGUCUCACCUCGAAGAGUGAUGUUUACAGUUUCGGAAUCGUUCUGGUUGAAUUGAUUACAAAGAAAAAGGCAACGAUAAGAAAUGGGGAGGCCGGCAUAGUUGAAUGUUUUACCCAAUCUCUUGUAACAGAGAAGAGAAAGGUGAGAGAGUUGUUCGAUGUUGAAAUCUCAAGCCAGAACAACAUGAAGGUUCUUGAAGGGGUUGCAAAGCUAGCAGGACAAUGCUUGAGAAUGGAGAUAGAUAGACGCCCUGAGAUGAGAGAUGUGGCGGAACGUCUUCGAGCGCUUAGGAAAACUCAAGUUCAAGUUAAACAAACACCAACUAUUUUUCCUUGGGGGUGGAGGAACAAGCCAGCAGCUCAAAACAACUGGCAAUCUUCUAGCUCAGUCACGCAACAAUCUUUGCCAUAUAACUUGUGCCACCAUUUCUCACUCAGGGAGGUGAAAUCCGCGACAAGAAAUUUUGAGAAGUCGCACCUUAUUGGUGUGGGUUUAUUUGGUAAAGUUUACUAUGGAGUGAUUGAUGGGGGAGCAACAAAGGUGGCUAUCAAACGGGGCAGGUUUGAACAGGAUGUGAGUAUGUUCCAGACAGAGAUAGCGAUGAUGGCCAAUCUCCGCCACCAUCAUCUCGUAUCAUUGGUCGGUUACUGUAAAGAGAAAAACCAGAGGAUGCUGAUCUACGACUACAUGGCUCGUGGCACCCUGACUGAGAACCUUUACGCUAACAAAAUGAAGGAGCCACCGCUUACUUGGAGGCAGCGUCUAGACGUCUGCAUCGGUGCUGCUCGUGCCCUGCACUACCUUCAUGAGUGUUCCAUCAUCCCUAAUGAUGUGUCGACGACGAACAUUCUCCUAGAUGAGAGAUUGGCCGGCAAGUUUUCAAGUGAAGUCUCACCAUGGCGGGAUGCCAUGGAUGUGACCCCCACACUGCGUAUGGGACGUCUGGGUUGUGUCGAUCCUGAAUUUUACUGCACUGGACAACUAACACAGAAAUCCAAUGUGUAUUCUUUUGGUGUCGUACUGUUUGAGGUUUUGUGUGCUCGGGCUGCUUAUAAUCCCAAUCUUCCAGAAAGACAAGCUAAUCUGGUAUAUUGCGCCCUUAGUUGCCAGAAGAAGGGCAUCCUUGAUCUGAUUGUUGAUCCAGAUCUUGAAGGAAAGAUUGCUCCGUGGUGCUUCAAGAAGUUUGUGGAGAUUGCUGAGAAAUGUGUAAGUGAUCGUGGUAUCGACCGCCCUACAAUGCAAGAGGUGCUUGAGAACCUGGAGUUGUGUCUUGUAGAACAAAGCGGAAGCCUUGGUGAUGAGAUGUUGGCUGAAGAUGACACUAAUGGUCCUUCAAGGACAGAGCGUCGGUUGAACCUGGAUAUGUACCUUGCAGAAGACGAUGAUUCCAGCCAUUGUAGUUUGGUAUCAACCUUCGAAUAUGAUGACAUGGAAUGUGCUUCUGAUGGUGGUGUGGAUUCUGAUUCCGAAUUGCUAAUGCCACGAUGAGCAGGCAGGAAGCGGUCACCAAUUUUCCUACUGUCAAUGCUCUCUCCACCGACAGAUCAUGCCAGAGAAUUACUCCAUAUAUGUAUACUGCAAUUUCUGACGGUCCCUUUCUUUUCUGAAGCGAGUAUUUUGUACUAUGUCUUUGUUCAUGCUUUUCAUUAUCCGGGUGCUGUAAUGGAUUUGUCAGGCCGUUCACCCUGCACUAUUGUUAUGUCCUGCUAGUCUUGCACUGGCUACAGUUUUCAGUUGGGUAAUCAUCAUUAUGCAUAAAACUGGUUCCUUUGUUUCGUCCUGAAUAAUAAGACAUUAUCGAUAGUACUGUACUUACCAGCACAAGCAACUAAGGGAAUCUGGCAGUCUGGCAGAGUAGGAUAGGAUUUUCUUUUUGCUCUUAGAUAGAAGUAACCACUGAAGCUCCUCCCUGAACCUACGUCUGCAGGCAAAGAGACUGGGGAUAACUCCCUUCUGGAAACAUAUGCAUUCCUCGUGUUCCAAAUGGCCCAAGCAAUCAGUAUGAUGACAUCCAUUGCAAAUGGAAGAUUGAGCAGGCGAACUAACUGACUGAGCUGAUCUUGAAUACCUGCAGACAGACAGGGGAGACCAACCGGGGCAGAUGAAAGAACAAGUGAUCUCUUGUCUCCAAAACUUGCUGAUCACACAUGACACAUGUGCAGUCCUCAGUGAAAAAACUCUUUCUCUGAUUGCAGGAAUUCCAUAGCCAUGCAAUAGCAGGAAUUGUAGGGUUCUCGCUUCUGAGCUGCUUCAGCUUUCCGUGCAGCUUCUUCUGCAUCCUGAAGUUCAGAAGAAACAAG